CAGCCCAGUUCUGACGUCAGGUCCCUUUGAGUUACCAUGUGUAAUGCACGGCACGAUUACUAAAUCUCUCUAUAGAGCGAAGACAAGCGAAUCUUUAAUGUCAUCUGCAGGAAAUGCAGAAUAGCCGCUGGUUUGAUUUGUGCGUGCAUGUUGUACUCAAUCAGCCCUUAAUUCGGAGGUUUCCUCUUGUUUGGAAAAACACUGUACUUGGUUAGUGGUUGGUUGGUGAGCCGCAGAGAAACUGUCUGCACACUCCAUCCACUGCAACGCUUGAGAAUGGAGCACCAGCUGUAAUUGUUGGAUUUGCAGAUGCGAAAUCAACUCGGAUAAAGUAAUACCCAUCCUGAUUAUUUCACGUGUUAAAAAAAGGACAGAGAAAGACCCAACAUGUCGGGCAAGGACAGACAAAGGGGGAAGGUGACCAAAGACAGCGUUACCUUACUGCCUUGUUUCUAUUUCGUGGAGCUCCCAAUCCUGGCCUCCUCGGUCAUCAGCCUUUACUUUCUGGAGCUCACUGACGUGUUUAAACCUGUGCGCUCUGGGUUCAUCUGCAAUGACCUGAGCCUCAGCAUGCCGUUCAUCGAGCCAGCCCAUGAGGUGAUCCCAUUCCUGAUGCUCCUCAGCCUGAUAUUCGCUGGACCUGCAGCCACGAUUAUGGUUGGAGAGGGUAUUCUUUACUGUUGCCUUUCCAAGAGAAGAAAAGGGGUUGGAUCCGAGCUGAAUAUCAACGCAGGAGGCUGUAACUUCAACUCAUUCCUCAGAAGGGCUGUCAGAUUUGUUGGGGUUCAUGUGUUUGGACUCUGUGCCACCGCUCUUAUCACUGAUAUUAUCCAGUUGUCAACCGGCUACCACACUCCAUACUUCCUGACUGUGUGCAAACCUAAUUACACCUCACUGAAUACCUCUUGCGAUGAAAACGCGUUCAUCGUGGAGGAUAUUUGUUCAGAAGCCGACUCUGUUUUUAUGAAUGCUGGAAGAAAGUCAUUCCCAUCCCAACAUGCCACUCUCGCAGCAUUUGCAGCUGUGUACAUCUCUAUGUAUUUUAAUGCCACCUUGACUGACUCCUCUAAGCUUCUGAAACCUUUGUUGGUUUUUUCCUUCAUCAUCUGUGCAAUUAUCUGUGGUCUGACCCGAAUCAUCCAGUAUAAGAACCAUCCCAUUGACGUCUACUGCGGCUUUGUCCUUGGUGGAGGAAUAGCGGUAUAUUUAGGACUAUAUGCCGUUGGCAAUUUCCAGCCUAGUGAAGAUAGUACAAGUCAGCAUGCCCAGAACAGAGAGCCCCUGAGGUCUCUGACAGAUCUUAGCCAGGAUACGAGCAGACACCUGCCAGGCAAGAAUGACAGCAGCAGUGACGGGAUUUCCUCCCACCAUUCUGAAAGUAUCCUGAACCGCAAUCACAGGGAGUCCAGCUCGCUGACCAACCUGAAGAGAGCCAGUGCUGAUGUGGAGAUCAUUAGUCCGCGGAGCUCAAUGGUCAAAGAGAACAUGGUGACCUUCAGCAACACACUCCCCAGGGCAAACACGUCUGCACUGGAAGAUCCAACAAGAAGAAAUGCCACCAUCCAUGCCUCCAUGGAUUCAGCACGCUCCAAACAGCUUCUCUCGCAGUGGAAGAACAAAAACGAGAGCCGAAAGUUAUCCCUACAAGUGAUAGAGACCGAAGCCGGCCACUCACCACAGAGAACAAUGGAAAUGAGGUCAAGCUCGGAGCCUUUCAGGGUGGGCGUCAGUGGAGAACACCAAGGUCCUAUUGGCCAAUACUUAAAGAUCGGGCCUGGCAGCACUCCUUUGACUAACAACAACAGUUUUAUUACAGGAGGAGCAAGGGUGUCCAUCCAAUCACGACCUGGCUCUUCACAGCUGGUUCACAUUCCAGAAGAAACCCAGGAGCAUGUCAGCACGUCUCCCAAGAGCAGCUCCACUAGGUCAAAAUGGCUCAAGGUUGCAGAAAAGACUGGAGCCUGCAGAACUAACAACCAGCCAAGAAUAAUGCAGGUUAUAGCUAUGUCUAAGCAACAGGGGAUGCUGCAAAGCAGCCCUAAGAGUUCGGAUGGCAGUACUGUCAGCUGCACAGGAUCCAUAAGAUACAAAGCAUUGACGGAUCAGGAACCUACCAACAUUGUCAGGGUAGAGGCACACCCGGAGAAUAACAGGCCACUCGUUCAAGCUCCCUCAAACGAUGGGACUGGCUCGUGGAAGUGGAAGGCACAGGAGAAAGGCAGCAUCCGUCAGACAUAUGAGCUAAACGAUUUGAACAGGGACUCUGAAAGCUGUGAGUCCGUUAAGGAUGGCUAUGGUUCCACUGAAAGGAAGAGAGGCAAUCCGGAGAGCGGUAGUGAGCACCACCACCAUCACGGGAUAACUACCAUAAGAGUGACCCCGGUGGAGGGGAGUGAUGCUGCUUCUGAGACUCUGUCCAUAGCCUCCAGCCGUGACUCUACGCUCAGGAGGAAAGCUAACAUCAUUCUUAUCCCGGAAAGAGGCAACAGUCCAGAAAACACCAGAAAUAUCUUUUACAAAGGGACUUCACCUACCCGGGCUUUCAAGGAAUGAGGUCUUGUGUGGCCUUGUUCACUGUACUAACAUUAAAAGAUAUGGAUGAAGCUAAUGCUCUUUCCCAUGGUUAAUCAAUAGUGUUUUGUGUAUUGCCAAUCCAUUGCGCAUUAAGCCUAACUGGGUGAAUAUUGCUGCUUUUAAAAAGAAGCUGUAUUGUGCAUGAGUUUUUACAUAUACAAGAAAGCACAAAGUCCUGUGUAUUGUGACCAUUUUUGCUGUAUAUAUUUCAUGAAAGGAAGUUCGUUUUUCAUAUUUUUGAAUAUGAUAUUCAUAUGGGCACUCUGAAGAAACAAAAUAAUAAUAGUGUCGAAACAUGCCAACUUUUUGAAAAGUUAAAGCCACAGCUGAAUUUAUAUGCUCAUGAAGAAGUAUUUCACAUUGUUUUAGUAUAUUAGCUUUUAUAAAGAGAGUUCUAAACUAUUUGGUACCUUACAUAUUCACCAGUGGGUGGUCUUUUAAAAAAGUUUCAUAUCAUGGAAAUCACUCUUGAGAUUUAGAGAGUUUCAUGGUGUUGUUUGCAAUGUACAUAUUUAUACAGCAGGUGCUAUUACACCAAGGAAAACUAAUGAGUAUAAAAGUGCUUUCAGAUGUAUUAAUUGAUGCCUGUUUAGCUCUCAAAAACAGGAGAGGAACAAUGUUUUGCAGCCAUCUAUAAAUGGCAUGUAGUGAAACAGGAAUAGUCCUAAAAUGUUAAUUUGUUGAUUUUCAUGCAUGUAUAAAUGUUUAAAGGUGAUCAUAGUAUACUGGAUUUGCCUCUAACUCGAACACAGUUGUUAACUGGAUGUUUGAUGAUGUUUGCAUCAUCAUCACUUAUCAAAGGACAAUUUGACUUUAAAGAACAGAUUCUAAAGCAAAAUUGCCUCACAACUACAAAGUAGAUCAGAAGAUCAAUGCACUUACUGCACAAUAAUGUUUUAUGAUUGUGGCUAGGAAGGAAGAUACCAAACAUUAGUUGCCCCAUCAAUUGGCUUAUCUUAAUUUUAUGAUGUAUAUAAAGUGAACAAGAAAACUUUUUUUUUCUAUGCAUGUAGAGCUUAAAAGAAUGAACUAGCAGCAGUGUGGAGUAGUGGUUAGGGCUCUGGACUCUUGACCGGAGGGUCGUGGGUUCAAUCCCUGGUAGGGGACACUGCUGCUGUACCCUUGAGCAAGGUACUUUAUCUAGAUUGCUCCAGUAAAAACCCAACUGUAUAAAUGGGUAAUUGCAUGUAAAACAAAAAAAAAAAUAAUGUGAUAUCUUGUAACAAUUGUAAGUCGCCCUGGAUAAGGGCGUCUGCUAAGAAAUAAAUAAUAAUAAUAAUAACUAUUAUAUGAAGAUUUACUAUUUUCUAUGGAAACAGGAAUUAUAUGAAAGCACUGCCUUAAAUGAGUUUGCUUAUUUAGGUAUAUAAAGGUUGAAGUUCAUUCCAUGUACACUGCAAUUGACAGUGUUGUACACAUAACAAUGACAGAAGUUAAAAUGUUUAAGAAUUAUUAUUGCAUUUCUUUUGUGAGGUGAUUUUAAACAAAAUGUUACAAGUUAAAAUUAUGGGUCAACAAUUUAUUAUUCUACCUGGGUAUGGCAAAUGAUCAAUGGAAAUAUGGAAACAGCAAUUGUGUUCUUCCUGUUACCUGCUGUAAACUUUUUUAAAAACAUUUUUAAGAACUCUCACUGCCAAAUAAUGUAAUUAAUAUAAGAGCUUUUGUAGGGUGAAUUAACAUUUCAGAUCUAGAAUAAUAAAAACAACUUUCUGUUUGGUAUGUAUUGUUUGGUUGCUUUUGGUUGUUUAUUGCAACAUUCAUCCCUAUAAUGAAACAGGUGGUAAAGACUUCAGAAUAAAGGUUAUGCCAUGUACAACAAUAUUCAGUAUUGUGUGGUUUAGCUGCUUGUUGUUUUAAAAAUGUGACAGCAAGCUUUUAAUAAGCUAGUUUUCAAUUAACUUGGAUGGUAAAGGAAUGUAUUCUACUAAACUGAAAUGUGCUGUGUUCAGUAGAUUAUUUUUGAUUAUAGAGAAUUUACAUUUCAUUAUCUUAGAUGUAGUAGUACCAAGAGUAACACAUUCUAUCAUUAUUUUUUCAAUAUGUGUGCCAAAGGCUAUUUUAAUGGUUACUAACUUUUUGUUAAUGUAUAGGAUGCCUGUUUUCUGAUAUAUUAUAUGAUUGGUUUAAACAGUCCAAAUAAUAUUAAUUGACAAAUUAAUGCACAUUUAUACCACUGUAAAUACUUCUUUAUAAUUAGCCAGAUAAGAAUAAAUGUAUCUGAAUAUUGUUUAAAAAUGUGAUCUCGCUGCAAUUGGACACAUGCAAUCAAACGGGGUUUAUGCAUGUAAAGUGGGAAAUUCCUUCAGCUUGUGUGUUAGGAUGGUAGGAAAAUGUUAUGCAAUGUUUUGACAGUGAACAUCUGUAUAAUGUUAACUUGAUUAGUAUGUGUAUCAAUCAAUGUAAGUGAGCACUGUACUGUACUAAACACAAUCCUGUUAAAAUAUCCAAAAGGGGAAUGAGACAACUAGAUCUGUGUGACAAUACAAGUUUGAGUCGAAAAAGAUCUGUCAGGAUUUAGUCAAAAUUGUGCUUUGUCUGAAUAUUGAAAUAAAUGUUUGAUAUUAAAAUGAAAA